AUGAGCUGGCUGGGCACAAAGCCGCCCCGAGCACCGGUGCCCCCUCUCCAGGCUUGCCAAGGCUACACGUUGCUGGGCCGGGCAGCAGAGGGCUUCAAGGGCUCCUACUUGAAGGCCUGUGAAGACCCAGAGGACAAUGCUGGGACAGCGAGACAACAGCUGGAACAACAGAGGUUGGAGGCGCAGAAGAAGAUGGAGCAGCUGGCAAAAGCCCUGACAGAGAUGGAUGCAGGAUCUGCCAUCAAAGCUGCCGCUGCAGCAGCAUCCUCCGAAGAAGCCUCCUCUCCGCAGCCCGAAAACCCGAGCGUGAGCAGUUCGGCCCUCUCAAGCCGGGAGAAAGAGAAGCAGUUCCUGAGGCUGCUGAGGCGUGAGGUGAGUGUGGGAGAUCCAGAGAAGAAGUACACUGGAUGGAAACCUAUUGGCAGUGGGGGGUUUGGAACCGUUUAUAAGGCCUUCAACGCUGCCACAGGACGAGCGGUGGCCAUAAAGCAACUUAAUCUCCAGUGCCAGGGCUGCGAGGAUGUGUUGAAGGAAAUCCUGGUCAUGAAAGAAUAUAAGAACCCCAAUAUUGUCACCUACCUAGAAAGCUACCUUGUCAAUGAGGAUGUCCUGGUGGUGUUGGAGUAUAUGGAUGGAGGCUCCUUAGCUGAUGUGGUCAGCAUGAAAAGGAUGGCUGUAGGACACAUAGCAACAGUGUGUCGGGAGUGCCUGCAAGGCCUGGCUUUCCUUCAUGCCAACCGGGUGAUCCACAGAGACAUCAAAAGUGACAACAUCCUUCUGGGCCGGGAUGGCUCCGUCAAGCUGGCCGAUUUUGGCCUCUGUGCUCCGCUCAGCCCUGAGCAGAGUAAACGGAGGUCGAUGGUCGGGACCACUUGCUGGAUGGCACCCGAGGUGGUGAGAAGAGAGCCAUACGGCCCCAAAGUGGACAUCUGGUCCCUUGGCAUCGUGGGAAUAGAAAUGGCCAAAGGAGAGGCUCCUUAUAUUCGGGAAACCAGUGAGAGGGCUAACUACCUGAUAGGCAAGCAAGGGGUACCAGACCUGCACAAGCUCAGGCUGCCCUCUGGCUUGUGUGAAUUUCUGGGCUGCUGCCUGCAGAUGGAUGUGGACAGGCGAGGCUCUGCCAAGGAACUUCUGCAGGUACAAGGCAAAGCGGCUGCAGCCCAAAGAGCUGUUCCCUGUCAGGGUUUGUUCCUCGGCCAAACUCCAGGGCUUCCGAUGGGCCCCCCCACAUAG